AUGCGUUUCUCUACCGUUAUCCCCAGCGCUCUUGUCGGCCUUGCAAGCCUUUCGGCUGCCGCCCCUACCAAGAACAUCCCCAGCGAAGGUGCUGUUGCAGACAUUGCAGAGGCGGCCGAUGCAGCGAACGUUGACAACAUCACCAAGCGUGCUGAAGACGCCGCCAGCGAUGAGCAGAAGAACCAGAACGACGAAUACUUCGUUAACCCCGCUUCCCCUGCUGGCCAGCCCCAGCCCGGCUUCGGCCAGUCCGGUUACGGCACUAACGCUGGUGCUGCUGCUCCUGGCUUCCGCCAGUCUGGAUACGCCCCUCGUCCCGGCUACGCCCCGCGCCCUGCCCCGUACGGCGGAUUUGCUAAGCGCGAUGAGAACGGCGGCGAGUACUUCGUGAACCCCCAGCACGGCCAGGGUGGUUAUGGUGUUGCUCAGGGCUAUGGUCGCCCUGGAUUUGCUCCCGGCACUGCCCCUUACCCCGAGUACGCUCCGGGUACCGCUCCCUACCCUGAGGUUACCAAGCGCGACGAGAACAGCGGAGAGUACUUUGUCAACCCCAACCAGGGUCAGCCCGGUUACGGCCGCCCCCAGGGCUACGGCCGUUCUGGGUACGCCCCGGGUACCGCUCCCUAUCCCGAAUACGCUCCAGGCACCGCUCCCUACCCUGAGGUCACUAAGCGCGACGAGAACAGCGGAGAAUACUUCGUCAACCCCAACCAGGGUCAGUUCGGCUACGGCCACCCCCAGGGCUACGGCCGUCCUAAAUACGCCCCGGGUACUGCUCCUUACCCUGAAUACGCUCCUGGCACCGCCCCAUAUCCCGAGGUCACCAAGCGCGAUAACAACGCCGGUGACUACUUUGUCCCUGGCCCUGCCGCUCCCGCCACUGGCUACAACGGUCCCGGCUACGGCCGCCAGGGCUUUGCUCCUGGCUCUGCCCCCUACCCUGAGUACCCAGGUGCUGGCCGCUACCCUGGCUUCGCCAAGCGCUCCAACGACGCCCUUACCAGCGAGGACCACGACGGAAACUGGAUCGUCCGCCCGUACCUUGAGCCCGAGCAUGACCCUCUCUACGUGACCGUCAACCACGUCGGCAAGCGUGAAGAGAGUGCCAACGACUACUUCGUCCCCGGCCCCGCCGCCCCCGCCACCCGCUACAACGGCCAGGGCUACGGUCGUCCCGGCUUCGCCCCUGGCACCGCUCCCUACCCCGAGUACCCCGGAAUUGCCAAACGUGACGAGAACGCCGGUGAAUACUUCGCUCCUGGCCCUGCCGGCCCUACCGCUGGUUACAAUGGCCAGGUCUACAACGGCCAAGGCUAUGGCCGCCCCAACUACGCCCCCGGCACUGCUCCCUACCCCGAGUACGCUCCCGGUACCGCCCCUUACCCCGAGGUCACCAAGCGUGACGAGAGCGCCAAUGAGGCCAACGACUUCUUCGUCCCUGGUCCUGCUGCUCCCGCCACUGGUUACAACGGCCCCAACCCCGGCUAUGGCAACGCUGGUCUCCCUGGUGCUGCUGGUUCCCGCUGGUACGCUUAAACUGAACUAUCGGGCGAUGGUUGAUAGUUGAUUCGAUACGACACGCUUCCCUUUCUUCUCCUUUCUUUUCC